AUGUCCGAGUUCACCUUCUACAUCGGCGACGCCUUCACCAACCCAAGCAAAACCUUCUCGGGCAACCCUGCCGCGGUGGUCAUUCUGAAGAAUGACAGCGACAUUCCCGACGAGAAGAAGCAGCUGAUUGCCGCCCAGUUCAACCUCUCGGAGACGGUUUUCGUCUCGAAAAGUCCCAGUGAGGAGGAGUUCCUCAUCCGCUGGUUCACGCCACUGUACGAGGCGGCGCUCUGCGGCCACGCCACCCUCGUCACCUCGUACAUUCUGCGCACUGAAAAACAUAUUUACAGUGAACUCCUCUCAAACUCCAAGGAGAUCAAGUUUCGCGCCUACGGAGGCGUCAAGCUGCAGGUCACCUUUGAGCAAGAUGAAAACGGCGAAAUUCUUCCGACGAUGAACUUUCCGCUCAACACUCCG